AUGGCAAUUCACGACGUACCAAUCUACAAUGUGCUUACUUCUCCUACUCAUCUGAUCAUCAUAGCCCUCGGCUUGCAUUUUCUCCAUGCCAUCUACCUUCUCUUCCUGAGCCCAUGGUCGUCCAUACCCGGUCCAUUCUGGGCACGCAUCUCCCGCUUAUGGAUUACGAAACAAUCCUGGGAUGGCAACAUCAACACCGCUAUGAUAGACUUGCAUGCGAAGCAUGGUCCUCUUGUUCGAACUGGACCAAGCGAGGUCAGUGUCUCGGAUCUCACUGCCAUCAAAGCGAUCUACGGUGCUGGAACCAAGUUUCGGAAAUCGGAUUGGUACUCUGUAUGGCAAGGCCAUCGCAAGUUUGACCUGUUCGCGGAACGUAAUGAGAAGAUUCAUGGUGAACAGAGGCGUUUGAUCAGCAGAGCCUACUCAAUGGACUCGCUGAGGCAAUUAGAGCCUUACGUGGAUAAUGCCGUCAAGGUGUUUCUCGAUAACAUGAGCCAACGUACAAACCAAGUCGUGGAUAUUGGCAACUGGGUCCAGCUUUUCGCAUUCGACGUAAUCGGCGAGGUGACCUUCAGCAAGCGUUUCGGCUUCCUCGACGUAGGUAAAGAUGAUGGAGCCUUCGCCCAGAUUGAAGGUGCACUCCGUUCUGCAGCCUGGAUCGGUCAGAUUCCUGGGCUUUACUGGGCUCACGACUUCCUGAUGCCAUACAUUGGUAACCAUCUAGGGAUCACUGCCAGGCAUGGCUCGCUUCGUAACUUUGCCGUCAAGGAGAUCGCUGGUCGUAAAGAUCGCGGCAGUGAUCACAAAGACAUACUCACUCAGCUUCUGGACACGCAGAAAGAAAAGCCGACACAGAUGGACGACAACGCAGUAACAAGCAUGGCUACUUCCAACAUCUUUGCGGGCUCCGAUACCACGGCAAUUUCUACACGUGCGAUCAUAUACUAUCUGCUGAAGAACCCAGGUUGCAAACGUCGGCUCAUCGAGGAGAUCGAUACCUUGAAAUCGCAGGGCAAACUCAGCGAACCUGUCACGCUAGCAGAGGCCGAGAAGAUGCCAUAUCUGCAAGCUGUCAUGUAUGAAGCAUUGCGUCUACAUCCAGCAGUAGGAAUGAGUCUACCACGUGUAGUACCCGAGGGAGGUGCAAUCAUCGCGGGACAGUAUCUCCCACCGCGAACUGUGGUUGGUUGCAAUCCAUGGGUGCUUCAUCGCAACAAAGAGGUCUAUGGUGAGGAUGUCGACGAGUUCCGCCCAGAACGCUGGAUGAAGGAAGACAAUGGAGACAUGCAUCGCUUCUUUUUCKCAUUUGGCUCUGGUGCUAGAAUGUGUCUUGGAAGGAAUAUCAGUUGGAUGGAAAUGUCGAAGCUCAUUCCAGAACUGUUCCUCCAAUUUGAUAUUGAGCUGAGCGAUCCCAAGGCAGAGUGGAAAACAAAGUGCUGGUGGUUCGUCAUGCAAACGGGGGUCACAGUCAGACUCAGUCGUAGGAAGUAG